AUGGCUCCCUCAAACCCGCCAUCACCACCUCACCCCCAAGACCAAGUCUACACCGCCUCUCUCAAAGACCCCGAGACAUUCUGGCGCCGUCAAGCGUCCACCCUGCACUGGCACACGCCGCCCACGCUGGCAAUCCAAAAAAGGACAAAGCACCUACCCAGCCUAAACGUCCACCACCCGCACUGGUCCUGGUUCCCCGGCGGCGAGCUCUCGACAACUUACAACUGCGUGGACCGGCACGUGGCGGCGGGAAACGGGCAGAAUGUGGCCAUCAUCUGGGAUUCGCCCGUGACGGGCGCAAAGGAAAAGUACACGUAUGCGCAGCUGCUGGUAGAGGUCGAGACGCUGGCGGGCGUGCUGCAAGAAGAAGGCGUGAGGCGGGGCGACGUGGUGUUGAUAUACAUGCCCAUGAUUCCCGCCGCGCUCUUUGCCAUGCUGGCUAUUGCGCGACUGGGUGCCAUUCAUGCAGUCGUGUUUGGGGGAUUCUCGUCUGCGGCGCUGGCGCAGAGAAUCGAAGCGAGUCGGCCGACGGCGAUUAUGACGGCCUCGUGUGGGAUCGAGGGAGGCAAGGCGCCAAUGGGGUAUAAAGCCAUGAUUGAAGGCGCGGUGGAAAAAAGUGUCCACAAGCCUAGUAGAACAAUCGUCUGGCAGAGAGACGAGUUGCGAUGGGAUCCCGUGGUCAAGGAAAAUGGGGAGAGGAAUUGGCAGCGCUUGGUCAAGAGUGCGAAAAACAGAGGAUUGAAGGCUGGUGCGGUACCGGUCAAGAGUGAAGAUGGACUGUAUAUCAUCUAUACGUCCGGUACUACCGGCCUCCCUAAAGGAGUCGUCCGUUCUGUGGGAGGGCAUGCUGUCGGCCUCAACUUCUCCAUGAAGUAUCUAUUUGGCAUCCAUGGGCCGGGAGACGUACAAUUCACUGCAUCCGACAUCGGCUGGGUUGUCGGUCAUUCGUACAUUGUGUACGCGCCUCUACUCGCGGGUGCUACUACCGUCUUAUUCGAAGGCAAACCGGUCGGAACGCCGGAUGCCAGUACCUUUUGGCGCAUUAUUGAAGACUACAAGGUAACAACCAUGUUCACGGCCCCGACAGCCCUGCGAGCCAUACGCCGAGAGGAUGGAGAAAACAAGUUCUUUGGGGAAAAAGGGAGCAAGGGCGGUCUCCGAUCGCUGCGAGCCCUCUUCUUGGCCGGCGAAAGAAGCGAGCCGAGCAUCGUGGAGAUGUAUCAACGACUGUUGUCGAAACACUGUGCUCCCGGCGCUCUUGUCGUCGACAACUGGUGGUCAUCUGAGUCUGGCUCACCAAUUUCGGGCAUCGCACUCAGCGCCUCGGCCGGCCUGGACUUUUCCUCGUCCGAGCGACCCAAACCACUUCCCAUCAAACCCGGUUCUGCUGGCAAAGCGAUGCCAGGCUUCGACGUUCGCAUCGUCGAUGACUCGGGCAAGGAAGUCAGGCCCGGGGAGAUGGGAAACAUCGUCAUGGGCAUACCCCUGGCACCUACUGCUUUCACCACACUGUGGGAAGACGAGGAACGGUUCUACAGGGGGUAUAUGAAGCGAUUCGAGGGAAAAUGGAUUGAUACGGGCGAUGCUGGCUUGAUCGACGAGGAAGGUUACAUUUCCAUCAUGGCCCGGGCUGACGAUGUGAUUAACGUCGCAGCGCAUCGUUUCAGUACUGGUGCGAUUGAACAAGCCAUCACAACUCACCCCUCUAUCGCCGAGGCUGCUGUGGUGGGCAUACCAGACGCAUUGAAAGGGCACCUGCCUUUUGCCUUUGUCACCCUUUCGACACCAGACCACCCCGAGUCUGCCGUGGCCGACGACAAGCUCAUGGCCGAAGUGCAGAAAUUAGUGCGCGAGCAGAUUGGUGCUAUUGCCUCGCUCGGUGGCAUCAUCCAAGGAAAGGCGAUGAUACCAAAGACAAGGAGCGGCAAGACGCUGCGGAGGGUUUUGCGGGAACUUGUAGAGAAUGCGACGCACGAAGACUUUGACAAGGAAGUCAACGUUCCCAGCACGAUUGAAGACCGAGAGGCAGUACGGGUGGCGCGGGAGAAAGUUCGCGAAUACUUUCAGGUCAGAGGCAAGAACUUGCACAAGGCCACAGAGGCGCGUGCGAAGCUGUAG